UUUGAAGGGGUAUUUAAAGGACACGUUAUUGAAGGGGUAUUUGAAGAACACCAUAUUGAAGGGGUAGUUGAUGAACACCAUAUUGAAGGGAUAGUUGAUGAACACCAUAUUGAAGGGAUAGUUGAUGAACACCAUAUUGAAGAGAUAGUUGAUGAACACCUCAUUGAAGGGAUAAUAGUUGAUGAACACCAUAUUGAAGGGAUAGUUCAUGAACACCUCAUUGAAGAGGUAGUUGAUGAACACCAUAUUGAAGGGGUAGUUGAUGAACACAAUAUUGAAGGGAUAGUUGAUGAACACCUCAUUGAAGAGGUAGUUGAUAAACACCAUAUUGAAGGAAUAGUUGAUGAACACCAUAUUGAAGGUAUAGUUGAAGGACACCUCAUUGAAUGA